GAGCAACAGCAAUUGCGUUUCGUUUGGUUUUCAGCGGGGCCGGCGGCGGGCGCACAGCACAGAGCUGGAGGCCGCCGCAGCACGCACAGCACAGUCGUCGCAGGCAGCCGGCCCGCUCCUCCUCCUCCUCCUCCUCCUCCUCCUCCUCCUCCCUAUAAAAUCCCCCUCCCCUGCGCACCCGGUCUCUCCGGCUCCACGUCGCCCAUAUACCAUACGUGGACAUCGAGGUGGUCGGCCAUGGCGGAGCUCCAGCAGCUGCAGCAGGUGGCGAGCGACGACGCGGCGGAGUGGAAGCAGGUGGCGGAGCUGAGGGCCGUCACCCAAGCCCAGGAUCCUUCCUGCAAGGAGGAGGACGACUACACUCUGCGUCGGUUCCUCCGCGCGCGGGACCACAACAUCGGCAAGGCGUCGGCGAUGCUUCUCAAGUACCUCAAGUGGAAGCCGACGGCGAAGCCCCACGGCGGCGAGAUCCCGGCGUCGGAGGUGGCGCGGGAGGUGGCGCAGGCGAAGCUUUGCCUGCAGGGGUACGACAGGGAAGGGCGGCCCCUGAUCUACGGCUUCGGCGCGCGGCACCACCCGGCGCGGCGGGACAUGGAGGAGUUCAAGCGCUACGUCGUGCACGUCCUGGACGCCACCGUCGCGCGCCUGCCGCCGCCGGGGCCCGGGCGGCAGGAGAAGUUCGCCGCCGUCGCCGACCUCAAGGGCUGGGGCUACGCCAACUGCGACAUCCGGGGGUACCUGGCGGCGCUGGACAUCAUGCAGAGCUACUACCCGGAGCGCCUCGGCCGCGUCUUCCUCAUCCACGUGCCCUACGUGUUCAUGGCCGCCUGGAAGAUCGUCUACCCCUUCAUCGACGACAACACCAAGAAGAAGUUCGUGUUUGUGGCGGAUAAGGACCUUGAUAGGACGCUCCGGGAGGCCAUUGAUGACUCCCAGCUCGCCGAGAUCUAUGGCGGCAAGCUCAAACUCGUCGCGCCGCCGGCAAAUUAAACGGCAACAACUGAAAACGGAUCCAUCCCAUGAACUCUGCAAUGCAGCUGAGCAGAGCAGAGAGAAUGCAGCAGCAGAGUACAGUACGCGAGCUAGACGGACGGACGCUCGAAUACGUACGGGUCAGAGAAAUAUAUAUGUAUGUAAAUCGUAGCAGCUAGGAGAAUUAGCAAUUGCAAGUGACGACAUGUCAUCUUGUACAAGACACGCGGAAUGAAAGAUGCAUGGUUUCUGUAUGCUGUCCUCUGUACUGUAACCAGCCGGUGAUGAGUGCAAAUAAGAUUAUUACUACACUUCUCUAUA